CGAAAGCGGCUACGCGCAAGCCUUCGACCUCGCAAAGCGCGAUCUCAAACACCUCCUCAUCGUUCUUCUCUCGCCCGAGCACGACGACACAGCGCCUUUCACGCAGAAGCAUAUCAAGUCGCCAACGCUCUCAACGUUACUCGCUUCCCAUAUGCAAGCCUUAUCGCACAUACUCCCUCGGUAUCCUCGACAGCAAUGAGCAAAAUCGCAACAUCCGCAGGCCUCGUGUCGAGUCAGGAUUUGAUCAGUAAAUUCCAAACAGCAAUCAACUCACACAAAGAAGAACUGGAUAGACUACGAGCACAAAGACAAGAGCAGCAAGUCAACAGGAGCUUGCGCCAGGAACAGGAGAGUGCUUACGAGCGUUCGCUCGCACAGGACAGAGAAAAGGCACGCAAGCGGAAAGAAGAGGAGGCAGAAAAAGAAAAGGUAGAGAAGGAACAGCGCGAGCGCGAGGAGCGUAAAGCAGAUCUCGCGAGGAAACUGGCUCAAUGGCGGCGCUGGCGAGCUCAGAGCGGUAGUGCGAAAGUUCCGCGCAGAUGCCGAGCUGGAAGAGCUUUACGCUUUUGUGGAAUGCUACGAUCUGGUCAAGGAAGACGCGGUCUUGGAGGAGAAAGAGAUCCAGGAGCCUGCAGACUACGAGCACGUGUACAAAUUCAGACUUGUGUCGCCAAUGCCGCGGGAGGUGUCAUUGAUGAAGAUGAGGAAGAAGACAGUGAAGAAGAUAUGUGA